CCCGGAAGUUUAUCUUAAUUAACUAUCGUUUCUGCGUUGUAUUGAGACAAAACACUACUAGAAUCUACUAAAUAAAUAUAGAUCUAGAUCUAGAUCUACAGUAGGCCUAUACAAUACUAUACAUAAUACUUAAAUUACUUAUAGAUCUAGAGUUCCAGAUCUAGAUGAAAAUGUCCAACAUUCCUGAAAAUGCUCCAAGCCAUUGCCCAGGAACUAACAGUGAACAAGCUGGCCAAUCAGAGGCUUGUGCUGGCUGCCCCAAUCAGUCCAUCUGCUCAAGUUUACCAAAGGCACAGGAUCCUGCCAUUGAAGAAAUAAGAUUAAAACUUUCCUGUGUCAAACAUAAGAUUCUGGUUUUAUCAGGUAAAGGUGGAGUAGGUAAAAGCACAUUUACAGCUCACCUGGCACAUGCGCUUGCAAUGGAUGAAAACAGACAGAUUGGCGUUCUUGAUGUUGAUAUUUGUGGUCCUUCCAUGCCAAGAAUUAUGGGUACAGAAGGAGAGACAGUUCACCAGAGUGGCUCUGGUUGGUCACCCGUGUAUGUGCGUGAAAAUCUCUCCAUGAUGUCAAUAGGAUUCCUCUUAGGAUCACCAGAUGAGGCUGUCAUAUGGAGAGGUGCUAAAAAGUCUGGCUUGAUUAAACAGUUUCUGCGAGACGUGGACUGGGAUAAACUCGACUUCCUGCUGGUGGACACCCCACCAGGGACGUCUGAUGAACAUCUGGCACUGAUUCAGUUUUUGUCCGGUGCAGGUAUUGAUGGAGUAGUCAUAGUGACCACGCCCCAAGAGGUAGCUCUGUGUGAUGUCAGAAAAGAGAUCAGUUUCUGUCGUAAAACAAACUUGCCAAUCAUUGGUAUUGUUGAAAACAUGAGUGACUUUGUCUGUCCAAAAUGCCAGAAAUCAUCUGUUAUAUUCCCACCCACCACAGGCGGGGCCCUAAAAAUGUCAGAAAACUUGGGAGAAAAGUUUCUGGGCAGUUUACCACUAGAUCCAAGAAUUGCCAAAUGCUGUGAUGAAGGAAAAUCUUUCAUUGAAGAAGUUCCUGAUUCCCCAGCAGUUGCAGCCUUUCAAAGCAUUGUGGAGAAAAUUAUCAAUUACUGUAAUAGUCUGGUCUUGAAUGCAGAAACAGGAGAGUCAGUGAUAGAAUUGGCAUAAACAGGAGAGUCAGUGAUAGAAUUGGCAUAAAUAGGAGAGUCAGUGAUAGAGUUGGCAUAAAUAGGAGAGUCAGUGAUAGAGUUUAGUGUCUCACCUUAUCACAAUAAAAUCUUGACACUACUGUCACAA